AUGCCCACUAACGGUACAAACGGUCCGUUGAAGCUGCAGUUUGGUCUGAUCAACCACGAAAGUCGCUACCUCACCGCAGAGGCCUUUGGCUUCAAGGUGAAUGCGUCGGCCCCCAGUCUGAAGAGGAAGCAGGUGUGGACGUUAGAGCAGGACUCCCAGGAUCCACAGGUGGUUUACCUCCGCAGCCAUCUGGGCCGCUACCUGGCCUCCGACAAGGAUGGCAAGGUCACCUGCGAGGCCGAGGGCCGGAACACAGACUGUCGCUUCCUAAUCGCUGCCCAAUCAGACGGCCGCUGGGCGCUGCAGUCGGAACCCUACCUGAGGUUAUUCGGAGGUUCUCGGGACUACCUGUCCUGCUUCGCCCAAGUGAUCACAGAGGCAGAGCUAUGGGCGGUACACCUGGCGCUCCACCCGCAGGCCAACCUCCUCAGUGUCGCCCGUAAGCGUUACGCCCACCUGUCACCCGACGAUGGCGAGAUCGCCGUGGACCGGAACAUUCCGUGGGGCGUGGCGGCGCUCCUGACGCUCGUCUACCUGGACGGGAAGUACCGGCUCAAGACCUGUGACAGCCGUUACCUAAGCAACGACGGGAAGCUGUCAGCGGAGAGUGGGCGGGGCACGGGGUACACGCUGGAGCUGAAGUGUGGGAAGCUGGCGUUUAAGGACUGUGAGGGGAAGUACCUGAGUCCGAUGGGCCCCACGGGGACACUGAGGUCUGGCAGGUGCAGCAAGCCGGGGAAGGACGAGCUGUUUGACCUGGAGGAGAGCCACCCUCAGGUGGUGCUGAUGGCAGCCAAUGGGAAAUACGUAUCUAUACGGCAAGGAGUGAGUAUCUCGGCCAAUCAGGAGGACGAGACGGACCUGGAGACGUUCCAGAUGGAGAUUGACAAGGAGAGCAGGAAGUGUCUGUUCCGGACCAACGAGGGGAAAUACUGGGCCCUGGUGGCCCACGGAGGCAUCCAGACUACGGCCACAGAGAGGUCUGCCAACACCAUGUUUGCAGUGGAGUGGAUUGGCCGCAGGGUGGCACUAAAAGCCAGUAACGGGAAAUACAUCUGCACAAAGAAGAACGGCCAGCUAGCAGCCAUCAGCGACUCCGUAGGUGAGGAUGAGAAGUUGGUUCUGAAACUGAUAAACCGCCCCAUGCUGAUCCUGCGAGGGGUAAACGGCUUCAUCUGCCAUCAUAAGAAUUCCAACACGCUGGAUGCCAACAGAUCAGUCUAUGAUAUUUUCACACUGCAGUUCAGUGAUGGGGCAUACCACAUCAAAGGUGUGGGAGGGAGGUUCUGGUAUGUCAACAGCAGUGGUCUGGUGUGUUCAGAUGGUGAGACACCAGAUGACUUCUCCUUCGAGUUCCUGGAGCACGGACGCAUCGCCAUCCGAGGCAAGAACGGCAGAUACCUGCGGGGCCAGGGGGGCAUGCUGAAGGGCGACGGGGUUACCCCCGACAGCUCUGCCCUCUGGGAGUACUGAUCUACAGUACCAGUCAAAAGUUUGGACACACCU